CCUCAUUUGCCCCUGUCGCGCGGUCUUGGUAAAUUAUAAAAAGGGCGACUGGGUUAUGGCAUUCGUCUAUUCAACAUGGGCAGUAAAGUGCGACGGACAAACAGCUUUCCCGCAGUUGACGGAACUAAGAAAGCGAAUCCGCUUUUUGAAAUUCUUGGUGAAUGCCGCCUUGUCCACCACUUUUUAGAAAAAAAAUCCGAUCGAUCCUUGUGGCUGGUGAUAAAACUUCUUGAUGGCAUCCUCCGAGGUUUCUCUCAGGUAGUCUUCGCCAACAAUACCAUAAGUGGAAUUUUUGUCAUCAUCGGCUUGGCGGUGGCUGAUAUUUGGGUCUGCGCUGCUGGACUUUUAGCCGCUACCUUAGCUACGGUCACGGCCUCGGUGUUUAACCAACCUUGGAGUUCAAUCAGUAAUGGAUUGGUUACCUACAACGGUGUUUUAGUGGGAACAGUGACGGCCAGCAUUUGCCCACCCAUCGUUGCAGCAACUCAUGGACCUACUUACCUUUCUUGGUGUUUAAUAGGAUUCGGUGGAGUUAUGAGUACGUUGGUCACAUCUGGAAUGGCCAAUUUGUGCAAAGGCGUAUCACUCCCACCGAUGACGGUUCCCUUCAAUCUCAUUGAUCUACUUAUGUUUAUAUGUUUGCCUUCGAGUCUGACGCAUCUAGCAACAUUUGCUACUGCAGAUAAUGCUACAACUCUCGAGUUGGCUGCUUCUAUUAAUGAAACACUACCAGUAAACUCGACAGUUUCGCUAGAUUGGAUAAUGGUAUUACGUGGUAGCUUACUUUCAAUGGGCCAAGUUUACGCGGCCGAAAGUGUCGUCUGUUCAAUCAUCAUGUACAUUGGAAUAACAAUUUUUUCGCCAAUGCUUUCGAUUGCUCUCUUCAGCGGUUCUCUAUUAGCUUCAGUUUGUGCUCUUGGACUUACUGAAAACUACGCGGCAAUCUAUUCCGGUCUCUGGGGUUAUAAUUCUGCACUGACUGCAGGAGCUAUUGCGGUUACAUUUUACGUCCCGACAAUGCUCUCGGCUUUCAACGCAGCCAUGGCCGUAGUCUUCACCGCAGCCGCUCAACGCGCGUUCGGUCUUGUUCUGGCAACGGCUGGAUUGCCGAUUUUGACAAUUCCUUUUGUCGUUACGAGUUCGAUGUUUCUAGCUGUGAGCAGUGGGACUGGACGUGAAAGAUUAGUCAAAGCUCCAGAUGGUAGGCCACCUGAAUACCAACGCAGGCGAUUCACAAGAUCUGCUUCUGCUAUUCAAAUCGAAGCAUGUGAUGUUUAAACAUUCCAGAGUUGAGUUUAAAGUCUCGACACGCACCAUCGUAAAAAUAAACAAGGAUAUAAAAUUAAUUGGUCGAAAUCUACUUUCGAGUAAUUGAUAAAACACAAGCGGCCCCGCAAUUUAAGUGAUAAUAGGAUUGGCCGUCUACAGCGGAAUACUAAUUACCGUCAAAAGUUGAAUAACAAAAAGCAAAAAACAUGACUAUCACAUGACGAGUUAAGGAAAUUGAGCUUCCCAUUAAAAAAAAAUGUCAGAUGCGAUGUCAAUUAACCAGAAAAAUUACGUUUAAAUUGAAUUAGUGAAAAUAACCCACUUCAGACUUUAUUUCAAAAGUUUUUAAUACUAGUUUCACACCUAAACAACGUUCGAUACUAGAAAUUCUAUAUUAGAAGUGUUUUCCUUAUCCUUCUUUCCCAUCAUACAACCCAAGUUUGUUCUACCCAGGUACUUUUCAAUGUUUAUGAAAUUCGAAAUAUGCUUUGGUCAAGAUACAGAAAGUCCGAGCAUCUGAGAAUUCAACGCAAGCAAAAUUUUUCGUCAGAAACAUCGUAAUAACUUAAUUGGUGGCAAGAACCCAACAACUAAUGAUUGAUGCAUUAUGACAACUAUUUGAGAGAUUUUUUUGACAAAUCCCCCAUUUAUAACUUUAAAUCUGUUGUUUCUUUUAAGUUUGUAAAUGAUGGAUGACCACUGAGAUUAAGUAAAUAUCAUGUAUGCGCAAGAAAA